CAAACAACAUGAACAAUAAGAUAAAGAUGCAAUGAAUCUCUUAUAAAUGGUACGCAGAAGAAAGUAGAAAGACUAAGAGGCUUCACUCCAACUGUGUCGUUCUCAAUACUAUGGCGACUAAUGCUACUAUUGCUAACACUCAGGUUGAUCGAAGUGUUAGUAUAAGUGCUACAAAUUUACCUCCACCGUGUGAGGGAAAAAUGGUGACGGUUUUGUCUAUUGAUGGUGGUGGUGUUCGAGGUUUAAUUCCUGCAGCUAUACUCGAGUUCCUUGAAUCUAAAUUGCAGGAACUUGACGGAGAAGAUGCAAGAAUUGCAGAUUAUUUUGAUCUUAUCGCAGGGACCAGUACUGGAGGGUUAUUGACAGCCAUGCUUACAGUUCCUGAUAAGAACAAUCGACCGCUUUUCACAGCUAAAGGCGCUGUCGAGUUCUACCACGAACAUUGUCCAAAAAUCUUCCCUCAUACCGCAAAGGCGAUAAUUUUGGGUCCUAUUAAGAGCUUGUUUGGUGCAAUAGCGGGUCCUAAAUAUAAUGGCAAAUACCUCAGAAAGAUACUGGGCACAUUGCUUGGGGAUAUCAAGCUCCACCAAACGUUAACCAACGUCCUUAUUCCAGCUUUCGACAUCAAAAUCCUUCAACCCACCAUCUUCUCCACACACGACGCGAAACUAGAGCCGCUGAAAAACCCAUUAAUGUCAGAUGUAUGCAUCAGCACAUCUGCAGCUCCAACUUAUCUUCCAGCUCAUUUCUUUGAUACUGUGGAUGACAAUGGAAAUUCUCGUUCAUAUAACCUGAUCGAUGGAGGUGUUGCUGCUAAUAAUCCUACAUUAAUGGCGAUGAGUCAUAUAUCCAAGGAGAUACUAAAGGAGAAUCCAGACUUUUAUCCGAUCAAAGCAAUGGAUUGUAGAAAAUUCCUUGUACUUUCAUUAGGAACUGGAUCAGCUAAAGUAGAAGAAAAAUUUACUGCAGCUUUAGCUGCUAAAUGGGGGAUUUUGGGUUGGCUUUACAACAAUGGUUCCACACCCUUGAUCGACAGCUUUUUCCAUGCCAGCUCUGAUGUCGUCGACAUUCAUACGUCAGUUCUUUUCCAAGCACUGAAAUGUGAGAAAAACUAUCUUCGGAUUCAGGAUGAUUCAUUGACAGGAGAUGCAUCUUCAGUAGAUAUAUCAACAAAGAAAAAUUUAGAAAGUCUUGAAGAAAUUGGUAAGAAACUAUUGAGCCGACCUAUUUCGAGAUCAAACUUGGAAACUGGAAAAUUUGAUGAGAUUAAAGGUGAAGGAACAAAUCAAGAUGCGCUUAUUCGGUUCGCUGAACUCCUGUCUGAUGAACGUCGGCUUCGACAAGGCCAAAAGGCACACUAGGAGUCAAGACGGAUUAAGCAUAUCUCUUUCAAUCUUGUUUAUCCAUUAGUCUUUCUUUUGACUGCACGUUGACGUUGAAUAAUAAAUGAAAUGACAAGUAUGUGUGUUCAUUCCAUUAUGUUGGGAUACCGACAUGUUAUCAUCCGGUUUUAAAGACCUUGAGUGAUUAAAAAAAACGAUCAUUGACUUGAUCAAUUUCUUGUGUA